CUAGCUUGUGUCAACACCAUGAGACGACCGAAUCGCUGUACUUUGAAAUAAUCCUCUGCUGCGCCCAGACCUAACAAAUACCAUCCUCAAUCGACUCACAGAAACUACUACUCAACCCCGAAUGCCCCUCCCGCGGUGAACCAUGGCCGUGCUGUCGAAGCCUUCGACAUUCCGCCCCUCCAGCCAGUCCGUGAAAGCCAUACUGAACGACCUCACGUCGCGCUACCUCCAGCACCGCACGCGCAUCUCGCGCGCCGUCUAUCUCACGCUCUUCGUCGCCCUCAUCAACCGCAUCCGCAACGCGAUCGCCGAGCAGAAGGCCGCCUCGCAGCGACAGGCCGAACUGCGGUCGAAGAACGUAGGGACAGGUUCGACGGAGGGCGAGGCAACGUCGCGCAAGAAGGUCGAGCUGAAUCGCGAGUUCUUCAAGAACCUGCUGAGGCUGCUGAAGAUCGUCAUACCGGGAUGGCGGAGCAAGGAGUUUAGGCUGUUGAUCAGCCACAGCAUCUUCCUGGUGCUGAGGACGAUGAUCAGCUUGUAUGUUGCCGAGCUGGAUGGAAAGCUCGUCAGCAAUCUUGUGAGGGGAAAGGGCCGGGACUUCUUGACGGGAUUGGUGUGGUGGAUGGCGGUCGCUGUACCGGCGACGUUCACCAACUCAAUGCUGUCGUACCACCAGUGCAAAUUGUCACUGCAGUACCGGACGCGCCUGACGCACUACAUCCACAGCAGAUAUCUCUCCCACAUGACCUUCUACACCCUCUCAGCGCUCGAUGAUCGGAUCAAGAAUGCGGACCAGCUCAUCACGGUCGACGUCGCCAAGUUCUCGAACAGCUUGGCCGAGCUGUAUUCCAACAUUGCGAAGCCGGUGCUCGACAUGGUCAUCUACAACUACUCAUUGUCGCGGAAUGUCGGAGGCGAGGGCCUGUUCUUCAUGAGUCUGCUCGUUCAGCUGUCGGCGAACGUUAUGAGGGCGCUGACGCCGCCCUUUGGCAGAUACGUCGCGGACGAGGCGAGAUUGGAGGGAGAAUUCAGAUUCCAGCAUUCGAGGUUGAUCGACUACAGCGAGGAAGUGGCGCUGUAUCACGGUCACGAGGCAGAGAAGGACACACUGGACAAGGGUUAUUUCACGCUCAUCAAACACGUUAAUCGAAUCCUGAGGCGGAGAUUCUACCACGGAGUCAUGGAGGACUUUGUCAUCAAGUACUUCUGGGGCGCAUUGGGGCUCUUGCUCUGCAGUGUGCCGGUGUUCUUCAAAGUCCCCGGCGUCGAAGGCAAGAGUAUGGGAGACAGGACUGAAAGCUUCGUGACUAACCGCCGAAUGCUCCUCAUGUCUUCUGACGCUUUUGGACGUGUCAUGUUUUCAUACAAGGAGAUUACUGAACUCGCGGGUUAUACAUCUCGCGUCUCUACCCUGCUAGAUGUGAUUGACGACAUUCAAGCAGGGCACUUCGAGAAGAAGCUCGUAUCAUCUGCCGACACAGAAGAAAAUGCGGCCGUGCUGCGCGGUCGCGGCGAGGUCACCGAGGGCCCCGACAUCGAAUUCCGCGACGUACCCAUUGUAUCUCCAAACGGAGACGUGCUCGUCCGAAAGUUGAGCUUCACGGUCAAGCCGGGAGAUCACCUGCUCAUUGUCGGGCCUAACGGAUGCGGCAAGUCGAGUCUCUUUCGAAUCCUAGGCGGACUCUGGCCAGUUUACGGUGGCAAUGUUCGAAAGCCUCCAUUCGAGGACAUCUUCUACAUCCCCCAGAGACCGUACCUCUCCCGGGGCUCACUUCGUCAACAGAUCAUCUAUCCCGACUCAUUGAGGGAGAUGCGCGAUAAGGGUAUCACGGACUCUGAUUUGUACAACAUUCUAUCAAUCGUCGAAAUCGAAUCCAUCGUCGAUCGUCCGGGCGGCUGGGAUGCCGAGCAGGAAUGGACCGACGUACUUUCGGGAGGUCUCCAACAGAGAGUCGCAAUGGCAAGGCUGUUCUAUCACGCACCAAAGUAUGCGAUAUUGGAUGAGUGUACAUCGAGUGUGACAUUAGAGAUCGAGCGCGUCAUGUACGACGAGGCAAAGCGACUGGGAAUUACGCUCAUGACUGUAUCCCAUCGCAGGUCGCUCUGGAAGUAUCACAGCAAGAUUCUGCAGUUCGAUGGACAGGGUGGAUUUGUCUUCACCAAGCUAGACGCCGAAAGAAGAUUAGAACUGGAAGAUGAGAGAGAAGAACUCGAGCUGCAGCUCAGAGCUGUACCAGACAUCGAAGAGCGCAUCGCCGAAUUGACGAGCUCUUGAGCGUCAGGACUGUAGCAGCUUAUUUUAUAACUCUACCGAAUACACAUGUAUCAGUAUUUGUUCCGUCACACGAUAUACGGACUACGAAUCGG